UUCUUGAUCAAAACUUUCCAAUGGCACGUCGAACUGAUGGUCGAAAGACCUCUCUUGAGAUUCAAUGAUUGUGUCUUUAUUCCAAUUUCGAUGGUCGGUACGCCAGCCCGCGCGCGAGGCCGAAAUCGACAUUCAACACUCCUAGCCCGACAGCACAACACGACGAUUCAUUGGUCUGGGCAAAUGACAACCUUGCUUACUUGAUUUAGCCAGUCUGGAGGCAAGCCAGGAUGACUUUACGGAAGCCCAGAAUGUACCGUUACGCAAAGCCAGCAGUAUCAUGCAGACCACGGCACGAAUGCUAACAGAUGACA